AUGAAAAAACAGAUUAUAUAUUGUAAUAAAUAUUUUGGAGUAAAUAAAAGUUUUGUAUUAGGUUUUCGAUUUUAUAGUAACAAUACACAUGAUGAAAAGGAAGUAAAUUUUUUUAAUAAUUUAUAUGAUAAAUGGUGGGGUGAAACCAAAUAUGAAAAUAAAUGUAGUGUUAACAGUUUCUAUAGCAUUUUAAACAAAAUAUUAGGAAAAGAUGUAUAUAGCUUACAUGAUUAUAAUAAGCAAAGAUUUGAUUUUAUUUUAAAAAAUUAUGAAUUUUUAUUAUGUGAAAAAAUAAAAAAAGGAAAAGCUCAAAUAGAUAUCAACAUUUUAGAUGUUGGAUGUGGUGGUGGUAUUUUAUGUGAAUACAUCCAAAAUAAUAUUUUUUAUUUUUUACUAAAAAAUAUAAAUAUUUCAAAAUUAGAAAACAUAAAUAUAAAUAUAGAAGGUAUAGAUGUGUCAACCAAAUUGAUUGAAUUGUCAAAAAGGCGAAUACGUGAAAGGCAAGAAAAAGAGAAAAAAGAGAAAAAAGAAAAAGAAGAAAAAAAAGAAAAAAAAGGUCAAAAUUGCCAGAGUGAACAGAGUGAAGGAAAUGUUUACAAACUCGACAAAACCGCUAUAAAUAUAAAUUUAAAUUAUAAAAAUUGUGAUAUAUCUGAUUUGGUAUAUUCAAAUGAUAUGAACAAAAAAAAAUAUGAUAUUGUUAUAUCAUCAGAAGUGAUCGAGCAUAUACCAAACGAUAAAAAAAAACACUUCAUAAAUUGCAUAAAUAAAAUAUGCAAUCCUAUGGCACUUAUUGUUUUUACAACAAUAAAUAAAAACAUUUUUUCAUAUUUAUAUUCAAUUUUUUUAGCAGAAUAUAUCACAGGAAUUAUACCCAAGGGGACUCACAAUUAUGAUUCUUUUAUUGGAGAAACGGAGCUAAUUAAUAUAUGCAACCAAUUUGAGCUUUAUAAUUUAAACACAGAAUAUGUUAUAUACAUUCCAAUAAUAAGGAAUUAUUUUAAAACAAACAAACUAAAAUUGUUAUAUAUGGCAUCAUUUGUUUAUCAAAAUAAUAAAAAAUAA